AUGUUCAAGCCAUCGAACCCAUUUGACGAGAGUGUCAUCGCUGCAACAAGCGAAACACUUACUACAGAAAACUGGCGGGACAUAACCGCUGUCUGCGAGAAAGUACAGGCAGGAGGAGGGCAAAGUGCGAGAGAUUGUAUCGCUGCCAUUUUGAAGCGUUUAGCACAUAGGAAUGCUAACGUACAGUUAUCUGCAUUGACUCUAUCAAAUGCUAUAGUCAAGAGUUGUGGCCCGGAAGCUCAUAGCGAAAUAUGCAGUCGGUCAUUUACGCAAUCCUUAACAAGGCUAUUAAGCGACAAGAACACAAACGAAACAGUGAAGACUAGAAUAUUAGAACUUAUUCAAGAAUGGACGAAUGAAUUCAAAUCCAAAGCUUCCCUUUCGCUUAUGGAAGAAACUAUGAACAAAUUAAGAAUGCAAGAUCUACCAGCGAAAGAGGAUAAG